AUGAUGGAGAAACAGGAUAACAACGUCGAAUCACAGACUGAUGUGCUCAUUAUUGGCGCCGGGCCAUCUGGACUAAUGGCAGCCUACUGGAUGGCCCGCUGCGGUAUACGAGCUCGGAUUGUAGACAAACGAAGAACGAAAGUAUUCACCGGUCAGGCCGAUGGUCUACGCAUGCGGACCAUGGAGCUAUUUGACAGUAUGGGAUUCCAGCAUCGGGUUCAGCAGGAGGGACAUGUAGCCGUUGAAGCCAAUUUCUGGGUCCCCGACGGAAAGGGGGGUCUAGUUCGACAGGGUCCGCACUGCAGCUCAAAGGUCAAUGAGUCGCCCUUCCGCCAUAUGCUACUAAACCAAGGACGAAUUGAGAGAUUUCUUCUGGACAGUAUAAAGCAGCAUUCCGACCUUAAGAUCGAGCGAGGAACCAUUGCCGAGUGUUUUGAGUACAACAAAGAUAUGGAAGACGAUCCCAGUGGUUAUCCCAUUACUGUCAAGCUACGGUCUCGUAGUGAAAAUGAAGCGAAUCCGCCUGGCCUCGACAGGACAGGAACCAGCUCCGACCCGGUGGCCAAUGAGCUCAAUCAAGGCAAUUUAAACCCAGACGACUGGGACGACUUCACUCAGAAAAGUCAAUCAGAGCAAUCUCAGACCGAGUUCAUCAAAGCCAAGUACCUCAUUGGCUGUGACGGGGCACACAGCUGGACAAGGAAAAAACUCAAUAUUCCCCUGCAGGGUGAGAGUACAGACCAUGUUUGGGGUGUGAUUGAUGUGGUUCCCAUCAGUGACUUCCCGGAUAUCCGUCGACUCGGGACUGUAGCCCAUGAGUCAGGCACAAUUCUCGUCAUCCCACGGGAGAGGAACCUGGUGCGUCUCUAUGUGCCAGUACAAACAAUCGAAGAUGCCACCACCGUCAAUGGCCGGUUCAAUCGCUCGCAAGUUACGCUUGGCGUGAUCAAAAGACGAGUCCAGACUAUAUUCGCUCCAUACACCUUUGACUUCCGGAUUUGUGAUUGGUGGACCGCAUAUCAAGUUGGACAACGUAUCGCACCGACUUUCACAAAAGGCAAUAGAGUGUUUCUCGCUGGAGACGCAGUCCAUACGCAUUCACCCAAGGUUGGCCUGGGCAUGAAUAUGAGCAUGCAGGAUGGGUUCAAUAUUGGCUGGAAGGUUGCCCUGGUAGCAGGCGGCGUGGCGACACCUUCAAUACUAGGAACCUAUGACGCCGAGAGGCACCGCCUGGCAGAGAUGUUGCUUGAGUUUGACCGUCAUUGGUCCGGAUUCUUUACCGAGGGUGAGAAGGAUAGCAAGACACAGAACAUGAUCAAGGUCGUCGAAUUGUUUGAAGAUUUUGCGGAUGGCCGGAGGUCCUUCUAUGGUGCUAGCGAGCUUGUGUGGAAGGUUGAUGGUAGUGAGGGCCCAUCCACUGCUCGUCAUUUAAUUCCUGGUGAACGUUUUCCACCAGUCAAGCUGCGUAUGCAGGCAGAUGGUAAUCUCAGAUGGACGACGAGGCUCUUCGAGAGUGAUGGGCGAUUCCGCAUUGUAAUUCUCGCUGGAGAUGUGCGGGAAAAACGCCAGAUGGAACGUGUUGUGACCUUGACACAGUACCUUUCAGGAAGUGAUCCAAAAACACGAUCUGUCCUCCAGCGAUAUGCCCCCAUUAUGGGGCGGUUUGAUUGUGCCGUUGACAUCAUGGCUAUCCACAGCGGAUCGUGGACAGAAGUGGAAUUCUUUGAUUUUCCCAAAAUUCUGCGUCCAUUUGACCCUGUUACGGGGUGGGCCUAUGAUAAAAUCUGGUGUGACGAUGCUUGUGUGUGGAACCGAAAUUGUGAUGGAAAGGGGUAUGAAAAAUGGGGGGUCGACCGAAUGCGGGGCGCGGUGUUGGUUCUUCGCCCGGAUCAAUAUAUCGGGUGGGUGGGGGAGUUGGAAGAGGUGAAUGACAUGAUUAGUUAUUUAGAUGGUGUGUUGGUGCGGACGGUAGCUUGUGAUCGCCCAUAA